CCCUGCGCAGGAGCGUCACUCGCCCUGUUUUGCAAGCGUUGACCCGAGCGUUUCGCAGCCUUGCCGCUGCUCGUUCCUCGCCCGCGCCUGCGGCACCUCUUUCUUUCUCCUACGUCGCCCAACAUGGCCAUCUCAGACACUCUGUCGCGGCCCAUCUACGACCGCAAGUACAGUCCGCUGCGGCGGCUGAGCUGGGCCUGGCGCAUCCUGGCGACCUACACCUCCUUCCUCACCUGGUUGGUUUCCACGCCCUGGCUGGCCCUGCGCGCCGUGGCCCCCUACACCGUCCAGGACAACCUGUCUGACGCCGAGAGCGCCUGGUUCGGUUUCUUCACGCCCUUCGCCACCUUCGUCCAGGACACCUCCUACAAGGCCUUCAGCAUCGCCGACUCCACUAUUGACUGGACCAUCAACACCGCGAGCCACAUCUACCACAACAACCUCAAGGGUUUCGAGCAAACCUUUGAGAGCAUCUUGAGCAAUGUCGAGCACCGCGUGCGCAUCCUCAAGGACGACGGCCUGUCGGGCAUUGGCAAGGCGCUGUCCUACGACGUGCACACGCCCCUGAUCCAGAAGACUCCCCUGGCGCACACCGCCCUCGGAGAGAAGCUGUCGUAAUUAGCCUGGGUGCACAGGGGGCAGGGGGAGGGCGGCAGCGUCAAAUCCGUUUGUAGCUUGGUAGCUAGGGCUGUAGUUUGGAUGCAUGGGUGCAACUCGUGAUGUUGGGUUUCAUGUAGUGUUUGCGUGAGAUUGGGACAGGGCUAGCAGCGCUGUGCUGGGUGCGUGGUAUGCCCCCGAGGGGCGUAGCCUUGCACAGGUCUUGAGAAAAUGCAGCCAGCAGGUAUGUGUGUGCGCGGUUGCAAGCACACGGUGUGCGGGGCGGGGCGCAGCGUUGGCGCAGGCCUGCAUGGCGACGCACGCGCAUGUUGGCGAUUGAUCGUGGCUUUGAUUUGAGGGGUGCUGCAGAGUGAUGGACAGCGCAAAUAAACCGGUGCCGGUUGCUCCACAGAUUUUCUCAGAGCCCCAAGGCAUGUGCCAGGUGCUAGCCAUGUUAUUCGCGAGACCGUUGAUCGGUGCUUGAGAUAGAUGACUGUAGGGCCAAUGCAGGUGCCGGGAAGCCAAGGCAACUGCAUGCAGGUUGCGUGACCCGGCCGUGACACUGUAAUGAUUCGCUCUG